AUGGAAAACCAAACUGACUUUAUUUUGCUUGGACUUUCCAGUGAUCCUCAACUACAGAACUGGCUCUUCUUGAUCUUUUCAAUUAUUUUUCUCAUCACAGUGUCAGAAAAUAUCAUAAUCAUUCAGAUAAUCAGAAUAGACCCUUCUCUCUCAGUACCCAUGUACUAUUUUUUAUCUCAUUUGUCCUUUGUUGAUAUGUGUUAUUCAACUAAUAUUGUUCCUAAAAUGUUAAUGAAUUUUCUUAUGAAGCAAAAUACUAUUUCCUUCACUUUCUGCAUUUUACAAAUGUUUUGUACCCUUCUACUGGGUGUUACAGAGGUUUUCCUAUUGUCAGCAAUGGCAUAUGAUAGAUACGCUGCUGUGUGUCACCCACUUCACUACAUAAUGAUCAUGAAUAAAGCAAUAUGCACUUACUUGGUUUUAGGAGCAUGGCUAAUAGGCUUGCUAUCUGCAACAAUAAACACAGUGCCCAUUUUUAAAUUACAUUUCUGUGGCCUCCGUGAAAUUAAUCACUUCAGCUGUGAGCUUCCACCAUUAUUGAAAGCAUCAUGUUCUGACACUUUUCUAAGUAAUGUGAUCCUUUUGUCUUUUGCUGCUAUAUGUGGACUUGGUUCCUUCUCACCAACAUUGGUCUCCUACAUUCAUAUCAUCUCCACCAUCAUGAAGAUCCAUUCUGCAGAAGGCAGAAGUAAAGCUUUCUCUACAUGCAGUUCCCAUCUCAUUGUGGUAGGCUUACAAUACAUGACAGGAAUGUCCCAGUACAUGAAACCCAGCAAUGUUUCUUCUAUUACACUAGAUGAGAUUAUCUCUGUUCAAUAUAACAUUUUGACCCCAAUGCUGAAUCCAAUUAUUUAUAGUCUGAAAAAUAAGGAAAUGAAGAGAGCACUUAAAGGAAUGUUUAAGCAAAAAAUAAAUACUUGA